AUGGUCGGGCGCACCAAAGGCUUUGUAAGCAGAGUGAAGGAAAGAAAUCCAGAUGUGAUUAUUACGCAUUGUUUUUUACACCGCGAGGCCCUCGUAGCCAAGACUUUACCAUCAGCCUUAGUUCAUGUGUUGGAUGAUGUUGUGCGCAUGGUAAACAUUGUAAAGUCACGACCCAUGAAAAGUCGCAUAUUUGCAGCUUUGUGUGAGGAGAUAGGAGCAAAGCAUAAAACCUUGCUGUUUCAUACGGAGGUCCGGUGGUUGUCGCGUGGCAAGGUCUUGGUUCGUGUGUAUGAGCUGUGGGAGGAACUUAAAGUGUUUCUGACAAAUGAGGGGUCAGAUUACGCAAAGCAGCUUGCAAGUGAUGAGUGGUGUGCAAGGCUGGCAUACCUGGUAGAUAUAUUUCAUCAUCUGAAUGAAUUGAACACCCGAAUGCAAGGCCGAAAUGAAAACCUGCUUACAAGUACAGAUAAAAUAAAUGGAUUCCGUUCAAAGGUGCAACUCUGGCAUCAACACGUGGAAGGUGGCAAUCUUGAAAUGUUCACACUCACCAUGCAAUGGCAAGGUGUUCACACUGCUGCACUGUUCUCCACUGAAUGCCUUGACUGGGUUAGGGACCCUUAUAGCUCAGCAUCAGUUGUUGGAAAGGAAAUGACUUUACAGGAGCAGGAGGAACUAAUUGAACUGAGACAAAAUCGUGGUUGCAAGCUAAGAUUUGCUGAUCUACCUUUGGACAGUUUUUGGUUGGAUACUGCCAAGGAGUUCCUCCUUCUGGCAAACAAAGCUAUUUUGACAUUGCUCCCUUUUUCCACUACAUAUCUGUGUGAGAUUAGCUUUUCAAGCAUGAUUGGCAAAUAUGGUACUGUUUAG